GAUAGGCAGGCCGGACGGGGUACCAGCACCUCAACUUGUCUCUAAGGGACACUGUCCAAACUCCGGAGGUCACGGGCCAAGCUGUGCAAUGGGUGCUGAGGAGGAGGUACAGGUCACAUUAGCAGGGGGAGCACCCUGGGGCUUCCGGCUUCAGGGGGGGGCUGAACAGAAGAAACCUUUACAGGUAUCCAAGAUCCGAAGACGGAGCCAGGCUGGAAGAGCAGGACUCCGAGAGAGGGACCAGCUCUUGGCGAUCAAUGGAGUUUCUUGCACAAACUUCUCCCAUGCCAGUGCCAUGACCCUCAUUGAUGCCUCAGGACAUCAGCUCGUCCUCACUGUGAGGAGGGUAGCAGAUGAAGGGUCUGUGAGAUCUCCAUCUCCAGGGGAGCUUCAAGUGCUGUCACCCCUAUCUCCGCUGAGUCCGGAGCCCCCAGGUGCUCCUGCUCCCCAGGCUUUUCAGCCUGGGAGUCUUCGAUCACCUCCUGACAGUGAAGCUUACUAUGGAGAGACAGACAGUGAUGUUGAUGGCCCUGCCACACAGGAGAAACCCCGCCGAACCCGCCGCCGAGGUCCCACAAGGCCUGUCCCUCCAGGAGCCACACCCGAUGAGGUGUACCUGUCUGACAGUCCUGCAGAACCAGUACCUGCUAAAACUGGCUCUCCCAGCCAGGGUGACAGCCGUGUGAGCUCCCCAUCUUGGGAGGAAGGAACAGCCCUUCAGCCACCACCUGCAGAAGCACUUCUACUACCCCAUGGUCCACUCCGGCCUGGUCCUCAUCUCAUCCCUAUGGUGGGUCCUGUCCCUCACCCAGUGGGAGAAGAUCUUACUACCACCUACACCCAAAAGGCCAAGCAAGCCAAACUGCAACGGGCAGAAAGUCUCCAGGAGAAGAGCGUGAAGGAGGCCAAGACCAAAUGCCGGACCAUUGCAUCCCUGCUAACAGCAGCCCCCAAUCCUCACUCCAAGGGGGUGCUCAUGUUUAAGAAACGGCGGCAGAGAGCCAAGAAGUACACCCUAGUGAGUUUUGGGGCUGCAGCUGGGACAGGAACAGAGGAGGAGGACGGCCUCCCCCCAACGAGUGAGUCGGAGCUGGACGAAGAGGCCUUCUCAGACGCCCGCAGCCUUACUAAUCAGUCCGACUGGGACAGCCCUUAUCUGGACAUGGAGCUGGUCAGGGCUGGCUCAGGAACAACAGAGAGCUCCGGGCUGGGAGGGCAGUUGAGCGAGGUCUCUGGGCGAGGGGUCCAGCUCUUUGAACAGCAGCGCCAACGGACAGCCUCCUGCACCCAGGAUUUGGCUCAGGUGGGCUCAGCAGCCAUGCAAAAUGGGCAAGGUCUGCAGUCACCACCUCGAGCUCAGAGUGCUCCCCCAGAGGCAGCUGUGCACCCACUCAGCCCUUUGCCGGCCCCUGCAGUCAGCCCUAGCCCCUUCUUGCCGGAUGGUGGAGCCCCAAGCCCAGCGCCAAGUAUCUUUAACAGGUCAGCGAGGCCUUUUACCCCAGGUUUACAAGGACAAAGGUCAGGUACCACCUCAGUGAUUUUCAGACCUUUAGCCCCUAAGAGGGUGAACGAAGGCCUGGGAGCCACCAACCCCGCCCCGUCCCCCUUCACAGCCCCUCUGCAGGGGCCCACCCCUCUGCCCAGCUUCAUCACGGGAGUGCCUGGCCACACGCCCGUCUCCGGGGCUCCCAGCACCCCACGCUCCUGCGGUCCCGUAACCGCUACUAGCUCCCUGUACAUCCCAGCCCCGAGCAGGCCCGUUACACCGGGAGGCGCCCCAGAGCCUCCCGCUCCUGCUAGCGCAGCUGCCAUGACCUCCACCGCUUCCAUCUUCUUGUCGGCGCCUCUGAGAAGCUCUGUGCGCCCGGAGGCGCCUGGAACCGCGGCCCCCGGGUCUGCCAGCGCUCGGGAGCAGCGCAUCUCUGUGCCAGCUGCCCGCACUGGCAUCCUGCAGGAGGCCCGGCGCCGGGGCACCCGGAAGCAGAUGUUCCGACCUGGAAAGGAAGAGCCGAAGAACUCGCCCAACCCCGAGCUGCUAUCGCUGGUGCAGAACCUGGAUGAAAAACCUCGGGCGGGUGGUGUGGAAUCUGGUCCGGAGGAGGAUGCUUUAAGCCUUGGAGCUGAAGCCUGUAACUUCAUGCAGCCACUAGGGGGCAAGAGUUACAAGACCUUGUCUCAAGUGCCACCGAAAACCCCGCCUCCAAUGGCUCCCAAAACUCCACCUCCUACAACUCCUAAGACUCCACCCCCUGUGGCUCCUAAACCCGCCUCUCAAGGGCUCCUUGAUGGGCUAGUGAAUGGGUCGACCCCUAUGGCUGGAAUCCCGGAGCUCCCAAGGCUGCAGGGGAGGGGUGGGGAGCUAUUUGCCAAGCGGCAGAGCCGUGCCGACAGGUACGUGGUGGAGGCUACACCUGGCGGUAGCCUUAACCCUGGCCUUCGCCCUAGAAGUCCUUCUCCCACGCCUUCACUGCCCCCAUCGUGGAAAUACUCACCUAACAUCCGUGCCCCACCCCCUAUUGCUUACAACCCACUGCUCUCACCCUUUUUUCCCCAAGCUGCCCGAACUCUCCCCAAUAAGGCCCAAUCCCAGGGUCCUCGGGCGACUCCCAAACAGGGUAUCAAGGCCCUGGAUUUCAUGCGGCAUCAGCCAUACCAACUCAAAACUGCAAUGUUCUGUUUUGAUGAGGUUCCUUCAACUCCUGGCCCCAUUUCAGGGCCUCCCAAAACUGCCCGAGUCCAGGAGAUCCGCAGAUUUUCCACUCCGGCACCCCAGCCCACUGCAGAACCCUUGGUUCCCACUGUUCUUGCCCCCAGAGCGGCUACCACAUUGGAUGAACCAAUUUGGAGGGCAGAGCUGGCCUCACCCCCUGUCACUAACCCAGACCAUCCUCAAGAGUCUCCCAGGAGCUUUGCUGCCACCCCCAGCUCCUGUGGUUUCCAAGUAGCUAGGCCCCGGUUCUCAGCCACCAGAACAGGGUUGCAGGCUCAUGUGUGGAGGCCUGGGGCAGGGCAUCAGUGAACAGGGAAGAGGCCCCAGGACCAAGUAAUGGAACUUAGAGUCCCAGACAUUUCUUCUGCUUUGUCCUACCGGCUUUUUAUCCCUGCAUCGCCUCUUGCAAGAGAUAGUGUUCCCCUUCAGUUUCUCAACUCUGUGCUGCUUGCUGCUUUUUAACCUAUUAUCUUUGCUUUGGUAUCUUCUCUAUAUUUCCCUGCCUGGAUCUCUGGCUUCUCCACCCAGAGGUCUCAGCAGUUUCUCCUCCCCCCCCCC